AUGACCAAUCGGAGCAAGAAGGAUGACAAUAAUGAUACGAGCGAUAACGCAGAGAGCUGCCGCAAAGCAACUAUUUUUCACAGCGUCCCAUUCAGCCAUAGCAGUCAGGUGCAGUGUGAAGUGGCUCACGCCGUAUCCAACCCACAGGACUGCUUUGGCCACCUCUGUCAUUCCCAACAGUAUGUGGGAGAAUCACCUUACAAAGCUUUCGGAAAGACCCAGAGUCCGAAGCAGGAUUGUGACAGUUCAGACACCGAUCCCUGCUACAACCGGGAUUCCCCAGUGAUAUCUGAGUCAGUGGACGGUAACGAUGAAACGGACAGGAAAACGGAGACCAGCUCGGCGGAUGAAAAAGAUGACGACACAAGGCACUCUUUCAGCGAACGGCAUGACCAGGACACGUCUGAAGCGACGGACGCGCAGACCGUCCGCAAGAAAAAGACGAGAACUGUGUUCAGCAGGAGUCAGGUGUUUCAACUCGAGUCCACCUUCGACAUCAAACGAUACCUGAGCAGCUCGGAACGCGCUGGACUCGCGGCGUCGCUCCACCUGACCGAGACGCAGGUGAAGAUCUGGUUCCAGAACAGGAGGAACAAAUGGAAGCGGCAACUGGCCGCGGACAUCGAAGUAGCGGCCAUUUCCAGUUCGACACAGAGGAUUGUCAGGGUUCCAGUUAUAUACCACGAAAGCUCCGCGUCUGCCACGCUGGGCUUCAGCGUACCUCAAGUGGGCUUUUCUAGCACAUUGAGUUACCCCAUCACACCCUUUCCUCCUUCAAUAUCGUUUAUAAGGGCACAAAUGACAGGUCUCGUUUAAAGUUUGAUGAGACUAUCUGGACCGGUACCUACUGGUUGACCAGGAGCGUGCAAUAACCCACAGGAUGGCUACAGGAAAGAGCGUUUGCUGCAUCCAAACGUUUUCAAUCGAUACACGACUCAGAACUGUGUCCUCAAGACCCAUGCAAUGUACGUCUUUUUAAGCGAGAAAUAUAACUUGGAGGUAGACUA